CAGCCAUAGAGGGAGAGGUGACAGAGUAGAUUAUCCUCCUCUCUCUGCCUCAUCAUGUUCAUGCUGCAGAUGUUGACUGUUAUCUCUCUGACUGUUAUUCUCCUGGCAUCUGUGGAAGGUAAAGGUGUGCAGAUGCAAAGGGAUGUCCAGUGCUGCAUGUUGUACUCCCAGGGCAAGGUGCGUACCAAAGAUGUGUUGCGGUUUGAGGUGCAGACGGAGGGGCCCGACUGCAGUAUACAAGCCAUCAUUAUUUACACGAAGAAGGCGGUGAAGUGUGCAGACCCCAGAGACCGGAAGGUGAAGAGGUUGCUGAGAAAGCUCCUGCAGAGACAGAGAACCAAAGCCCGCCGGACCAUGUGGCUUCUUCCUCACGACAACCUGCCCGUCAUGGCGGAGGACAAGAAAGAUAACUGGGCGGCUCUGAAUGUGGAGUGAUGGAGGGCCGUCAAAUAUGGAGGAAAACUCAUAGUCAUAAGCCAAGUAAACUUUCAGCAGCUCGUCACCUUUCCCCGGCGCAGCCUGCUGACUCCAGUCGUCUUGUGUCUCUAUCUCUUCACUAUCUGUCUCCCGGGGACCAGACCUGGGCAGCAAUACAUAUUUAAAUGGCUUUAGAUAUUUAAACAUGAACUCUGCUUGAAAUAUUCUCAAACACAUGACUGGGACAGUCUCAACAGAGGAGUAUAUUUACAUGUAAGAUAAGUCGAAUUGAUUUUGUUUUUAAAUGGCUCAUACUGUUAUUGGCCUGGAAGCGUUUCUGCAACAUAACUUCUGGAGGCCGACGUGAAACCAGUGGAAAAACGUGUAAUUAAGCAACAGGCAGUGAUAUUUAUAGAAUAUUGUACAUCAGCAAGACUAUAUACUUAUGUGUGACAUGUAUACCUUCAGUAAUGUGUUUUUUAAAACUGCACAGGGUAAAGUAGAUGGGGUUUUGUCCAUGAGUGUGCAGAAUAUCGGGGAAAGUUUCUCUAAUAAUUGAUUUGCACUUUGUUUGGCUAAACCCAGGUUAUAGUUGUCUUAAAGUUUGAAAAUUAUUCUUCAGGCUUUGACCUGAUGUAUUUGACUGUUAAACAGGUGAAAUCAAAGUGGGGUCAGAGAGAAUUCACCUGCAUACAACUUCCUGUCACUUAAAGAUCAAAUGUUCCUGCUAUUUUGUCCACUCUGUAUAUUUAACGUUUGUAAACCAAGCAUGAAAUCAGCGUCCAUUGUUUAAAAUGAGGCCCUCAGGCAUCUACUAGAGAUUUCAAUAUCUACGCAUUCGCAGUUUACACGUGUCUUUUCCACCAAUAGUUUGUCACUAAACUAUGCCAAAGUAUUCAUAAUUAAAUUCACCACAUGGCAAGGCUGUUACAACUUAGAGGGCUCAAUUGUGUGUGUAACACACAAGUAUUGUAGAAGAAUGCACUGUAUGUUAAAACACAGUAUUUCAAGUGAACUAUUUUAUUAAUUAAUCUGAAAUAAUAACAAAAACUGUUUUUUCUGGUUA